AUGUCCGGCUUCCCUGAAUUCCCGUCCUUCACAAAGACUUGGCACAACAAGCCUUAUCCGUCAAUUUCUCCUUCACGCCCCGAGUUGAGCGCAAAAGGCAAAUUUGUGGUCGUGACGGGAGGCGGCGUUGGCAUCGGCGUUGCCAUUGCAAUUGCGUAUGCUCAGGCUGGUGCCAAGUUCGUCGCCAUCCUCGGCCGUCGCCUCAACGUCCUCCAGGAGGCCGCUAAGCGGAUCCGUUCUGCCAACCCGGACGGUUCAACUACCGUUUUGUUUGAGACAGCCGACGUCGGUAAGCCUGACUCGUUGGCUGCUGCCUUCAGCGCCUUUGCCAGCAAGACCGGUGCCAAAAUCGACGUUCUUGUUAGCAACGCUGGCAUCUUGCCCGAUCCCUCCCCCGUUCUCUCCACCAAAGAAGACGUUAUUCGCGACGGUCUUCAGACUAAUGUAAUUGGGGCUCUCAAUGUUGUGCAGGCGUCUCAACCCUUUGUUGCCCCGAAUGUCAUUAUCAUUAACGUGUCCUCUGGCAUCGGUCAUAUGCAGGCCGUACCCGGUGGUACCUGGGCUUACGCUGCUACCAAAAUUGCGGUCACCAAAAUGUUUGAUUACCUGCAGUUUGAGAACCCUGACAUGCACAUCGUCAAUAUCCAGCCAGGAGUUGUGGCCUCAGACAUGAAUACUAAGCACGGCGCGCCACCCCAGGAUGAAGCUUUCCAAAUUACCUUACGGUUUGAGCUUGCCAGCCUUUCUAACAACUGUGUCAUUCUAGCCGAGCUCCCUGGUCAAUUUUGUGUUUGGCUUGCUUCGAAAGAGGCCAAGUUUCUCAAGAACCGUUAUGUUUGGGCCAACUGGGACGUCGAUGAGCUCAAAUCCCGUGCUCAGGAGAUUGAGAGCUCAUUCCUGUUUAAAAUUAAGCUUGAUGGCAUGGAUCUUUAA